AUGGAUGGCACUGCUACUUUGGAAAUCUCCUCUGCUUCUAAAACAGAUGCUGGUGACUAUCUUUGCAAAGCUACCAAUGACACUGGAAGUGAAUUCUGCAAAUCCAGAGUGACCAUCAAAGAAAAAGGGAGAGGGGCACCAGCAGCCACUGAAGCAGCCCCAGCAGCUGCCAAACCUGCCAAGAAAUUGGACAACCUGUUCUUUAUUGAAGAGCCCAAGAGUGUCCAGGUUUCAGAGAAGAGCACUGCAACUUUCAUUGCCAAAGUUGGGGGCGAUCCCAUUCCCAAUGUGAAAUGGAUGAAGGGCAAGUGGAGGCAGAUGACUCAUGGUGGCCGAAUCUCAAUUGAGCAGAAGGGACAGGAUGCUAAACUGGAGAUCAGAGACGUGACCAAAACUGACUCAGGGACUCCAUCCAAACAGAAGAGCCCAGAACAAGAACAAGAAAUUAACAUUGUGGAGUUACUGAGGAAUGUGGAUCCUAAAGAGUAUGAGAAAUAUGCACGCAUGUAUGGAAUCACAGACUUCCGUGGACUUCUUCAGGCUAUUGAGUUCCUGAAGAAGGAGAAAGCAGAUGAAACUGGAAGACCGCCAAUAACUCUGGUUAAAGACAUCAGAGAUCAAACUACUGUCAGAAACGAGGAGGCAGUAUUUGAGUGCGAGAUCAAGAUCAACUACCCUGAAAUCAGUUUGUCCUGGUACAAGGGAACACAGAAGCUUGAUGACAAUGACAAGUAUGAAAUCAGAAUUGUUGGUGAUCGUCACCUGCUGAAGAUUAAGCGCUGUCAGCCCGGAGACCAAGGAAAUUACCGUGUCGUCUGUGGCCCGCACAUUUCCAGUGCCAAACUGGCAGUUGUUGAAAGAGAAGUGGAAGAGUCUCUGAAGCCUGCUGCUGCACCAAUCCAUUUCACAAAGCAUAUCCACAACAUUGUGGUGAAUGAACGGCAGUCUGCCACCUUCGAAUGCGAGGUGUCAUUCGACAAUGCAAUCAUUACGUGGUACAAAGACACAUGGGAACUUCAAGAAAGUCCAAAGUACAAGUUUAGGAGUGAAGGCCGACGUCACUUUAUGACCAUCUGCAAUGUCACUUCAGACGAUGAAGACAUACCUGAACACAUAGUAGAAGUGGCUCCUCCUAAGCCGCACAUAACACCUGGACUUAAAGAGGUACCUGCCAAGGUUGAACCUGAACCAGAGCCUGCAACAAGAAAGAAAGCCGGAGCACUCCCACCCAAAGUUCCCGAAGAGCCAAAGAAACCAGUGCCACCAAAAGCAGAACUACCUAAAAAAGUAGAGCCAAUUCCAGCUGCUCCGAAGGAGGCUGUUCCAGAGAAAGAUUUGCUUUACUUGUUUGAGGCUUUAACUGGUAUAUUUUAUUCUCAUUUUGACUUCCCUUUCAUUAAAUUGCCCACAGCAGAGAAGAAACCCUCACCAGGAGCACCAGAACCAGGUGCUAAGGAACUGUCCACUGUUGAAGAUGAAGCCGAGGGUCCAGUAACAGCACCUGGAGUAGCCAAGAAAGAUGGAAAACCCCGAGACGAACAAGGCAUAGGAAGAGGCAGAGGCUUAAAACCAAAACAAACCCCCUCCCCUGGUGAUGGUGACAAGAGAAAAGGUCUGAAGCCUGGUGCAGGAGGUGACAAACCCCCAGGGGAUUCACCAUUUGGAUUCCAGCUCAAGGCUGUGCCACUGAAGUUUGUGAAAGAGCUAAAAGACAUUGUGUUACAGGAAGCUGAGUCAAUUGGCUCCUCAGCUGUUUUUGAGUGUCAGAUCUCACCCUCUACUGCUAUCACCACAUGGAUGAAGGAUGGAAGCAACUUGAGGGAGAGCCCCAAACACAAAUUUACUUCAGAUGGCAAGGAUCGUAAGCUGGCAAUUAUUGAUGUCCAGCUCUCUGACACUGGAGAAUACACGUGUGUUGGCAAGCUUGGCAAUAAAGAAAAAACAUCUGUUGCCAAACUCAUUGUUGAAGAACUACCUGUCAGAUUCACAAAAACCCUGGAAGAUGAGAUUACUGUAAUCAAGGGACAACCUAUGUACUUGACCUGUGAGUUGAGCAAAGACAGAGAGGUGGUAUGGAAGAAGAAUGGUAAGCCUCUCAAGAACAUCGCAGGCAAGCUGGCGAUCAAUGAAAUUGGACUGGCGCGUGCUGUAACAAUCCAGGAUGCUGGUGAUGAUGAUUCUGGCGUUUACACAUGCGUGUGUGAAAACAUCAAGACUGAAGGAGCUGUCAAAGUCAUUGAAAUCAUUAGAGAUUGGUUGGCGAAACCAUUAAGGGACCAGCAUGUGAAACCCAAGGCCACUGCCACCUUCAAAUGUGAACUGUUUAAGGACACUCCAAACUGGAAAUGGUUUAAAGGAGAUGAGGAGAUUCCUAGUGAACCUACCAAUAAGACAGAAGUAAAGAAGGACGGGAAGGAUCUCAUUCUGACCAUUAAAAAUGCUGCUCCUGACGAUGUUGGGGAAUAUGCUGUGGUGGUUGAAGGCCGCAGAUACCCAGCAAAGCUAACUCUUGGAGAACGUGAAGCCGAGAUCUUGAAGCCCCUCUCUAGCGUGGAGGUCUAUGAGAAAGAGAGUGCCAGCUUUGAUACAGAAAUUUCUGAAGAGGAUGUUCCUGGAGAAUGGAAACUUAAAGGGCAGAUUUUGACUAGAUCACCAACCUGUGAUAUCAAAGCAGAGGGCAAGAAGCGUUUCCUUACUCUUAAAAAUCUUCAAGUUGACCAGUCUGGUGAAGUCUCUUACCAAGCUCUGAAUGCAGUAACAACUGCACUUCUCACCGUCAAAGAAAUUGAAAUGGACUUUACUGUCCCAUUAAAGGACGUGACAGUGCUUGAAAAGAAGCAGGCUAAGUUUGAGUGCACUAUUACAAGAGAUGUACCCAAAGUAAUAUGGACGAAGGGAUCUGAAAUUAUUACAUCUGGAAAGAAGUAUGAGAUCAUUGAUGAUGGGAAGAAACAUAUGCUGAUCAUCAAUAAUUCUGACUUUGAUGAUGAGGGACAUUAUGCUAUUGAGGCCUUGGGCAAAAAGUCAAUAGCCAAACUUACAGUGCAAGAGGGAGAUGCGUACUUCACAGUUAAGUUGCAAGACUAUACUGCAGUUGAGAAAGAUGAUGUCAUUCUGGACUGUGAGUUGAGCAGGGAUGUGCCAGUGAAGUGGUACCAUAAUGACACCGAAAUCAAAGCUUCUAAGAUGGUCACUAUGAAGGCUGAAGGCAAACGUAGAAUCCUUACUAUUAAGAGAGUGGCAGACAAAGAUAAGGGUUUAUACAAGUGCGACUGUGGAACAGACAAGACAAUGGCAAAUAUUACCAUUGAGGCUCGUGAUAUCAAGGUGGUCCGCCCCAUGUAUGGUGUGGAGCUCUUUGAUGGAGAGACAGCUCGAUUUGAGGUGGAAAUCUCUGAGCCUGAUGUCCACGGCCAAUGGAAACUGAAGGGAGAAGUCCUGACACCUUCUCCUGAUAUUGAAAUUAUUGAAGACGGCCCCAAGCAUGUCUUAACAUUAUACAACUGCAAGAUCCCCCAGUCAGGAGAAGUGGUAUUCCAGGCUGCCAAUGCCAAGUGUGCAGCCAAUCUAAAAGUGAAAGAGCUCCCACUCACCUUCAUAACCCCUCUGUCUGAUGUGAAAGUAUAUGAGAAGGAUGAGGCGAGAUUUGAGUGUGAAGUGUCUCGGGAAGCCAAGUCCUUCCGCUGGCUUAAAGGAACACAGGAGGUGAAAACUGAUGAGAAGUUUGAAAUUCACCAUGAGGGAAAGAGGCAUACUCUGGUGGUGAAAUAUGCUGCAUAUGAAGAUGAAGCAAAGUAUAUGUUUGAGGCUGAGGACAAGAGAACCACUGGCAAACUGAUUAUUCAAGGAAUUCGCCUUGAGUUUAUCAAGCCCAUUAGAGAUGUGACAGUCAAAGAGCGUGAGACUGCAGAGUUCAGUGUUGAACUGUCUCAUGAGAAGGUCCCAGUCACCUGGUACAAAAAUGAUGUUCGUCUCCACCCAAGCAAAGUGGUGCACAUGUCAGAGGAUGGCAAGACCCACACCCUGGCCUUCAAAGAGGUGUCCAUUGAUGACACUUCCAUGAUUAAGGCAGAGGCAAUGGGAAAAAGCUCAGAGGCUAUGCUUACUGUCCUUGAGGGCGAGCCGUACUUCAUUACCAAAUUGCAGGAUUACACUGCUGUUGAGAAGGAUGAAGUUGUGCUAGUGUGUGAGCUAAGCAAGCCUGCUGCAGAAGUGAAAUGGUUCAAAGAUGGCAAGGAGAUCACCCCCUCAAAGAAUGUCUUGAUGAAAUCAGAUGGCAAGAAGCGUAUACUUAUUGUAAAGAAGGCAGAAAAGGGCAACAUUGGUGAAUACACCUGUGACUGCGGCUCUGACAAGACCACUGCUAAACUUAACAUCGAGGAACGUGAUAUCAAGAUCAUCCGUCCUCUGUACAGUGUAGAGGUGACAGAAACAGAAACUGCUCGCUUUGAGACAGAGAUCUCAGAGGAGGAUGUCCACGGUCACUGGAAGCUCAAAGGAGAGGCCCUUCACCAGUCUCCUGACUGUGAAAUAAAGGAAGAAGGAACCAAACACUUUCUUAUCCUGUACAAUGUGAGGAUGGACCAGGCUGGCACUGUAGACUUCCAGGCUGCCAAUGCUAAAUCCAGCGCUCAGCUUAGAGUUAAAGCACGGGUGAUUGGCCUGCUGCGGCCACUCAGGGAUGUUACCGUUACUGCGGGGGAGACCGCCACCUUUGACUGCGAACUCUCCUAUGAAGGGAUUCAAGUGGAAUGGUUCCUUGGGAGCACAAAGCUGGAGCCAAGCGACAGAGUUGUCACUCGUGCAGAAGGCAGAGUUCACACACUGACUCUGAGAGAUGUCAAAAUGUCAGAGGCUGGAGAAGUCAAACUGACAGCCAAAGACUUCAUCACCCAGGCUAAGCUCAUUGUGAAUGAACCACCAGUUGAGUUCACCAAACCUCUGGAGGAUCAAACUGUUGAGGAGGAGGCCACUGCCACCCUGGAGUGUGAAGUCUCCAGAGAAAAUGCUGAAGUAAAGUGGUUCAGGGAUGGACAGGAAAUCCGUAAAACUAAGAAGUAUGACAUUGUUGCUGAUGGCCGAAAGAGAAGACUCAUUAUUCAUGACUGUACACUUGACGAUUCAAAGACCUAUACCUGUGAUGCAAAAAAUUUCAAAACUUCUGCCUUCCUCACUGUUGAGCCUCCACAUGUUGAGUUCACAAAGCCGCUCCAUGAUGUUGAGGUUAAAGAGAAAGAAUCUGCCAAAUUUGAGUGUGAAGUUUCUCGUGAAAGUGCAAAGGUUCGCUGGUUCAAAGAUGGCAGUGAAAUCAGAAAGAGCAAGAAGUAUGAAAUCAUUGCUAAGGGUGUCCAGCGUAUUCUUAUAAUCCACAAGUCAGUCUUUGAUGAUGAAGCGGAAUAUGAAUGUGAUGCAAGGACCUCCAAAACCUCUGGCAUGCUUACUGUCAUUGAGGAAGAGGCUGUAUUUACAAAGAACCUGUCCAAUGUUGAGGGCACUGAAACUGACAGCAUUAAGAUGAUCUGCGAGGUGUCAAAACCCAGUGCAGAUGUCCUGUGGUACAAAGGUGACCAGGAGCUGCCUGAAGGUGGCAGAUACGAACAACGUGUGGAUGGCAAAAAGAGGAUACUUAUCAUCCAGGACCUUCGAAUGGAUGACAGAGGAGAGUAUAACUGCCGACUGCCCACCUCAAGAACUUCAGCAACACUGAAGAUUAAUGAAUUAGCAGCUGAGUUUAUUUCGAGACCGCAAAGCCAGGAAGUUGUUGAAGGUGAAAAGGCAGAAUUUGUCUGCUCAGUCUCCAAGGACACGUAUGAAGUCAAAUGGCUUAGGGGGGACAAGGAGAUUGAAGCAGGAGACAAGUAUGACAUCAUCUCUGAUGGCAAGAGAAGAGUACUUGUUGUCAAGGACUGUAUGCUGAAGGAUGAAGGAGGAUAUGUUGCCCUCAUUGGCUCCACUAGGGCUUCUGCAGAUCUUCUUGUGAUUGAAAAACUCAGGAUUAUCAUACCUAUCAAAGACACUCAAGCAAUUGAAGGACAAGAGAUAGUCUUCAAUUGUGAGGCGAAUACUGAAGAAGCCAAAGCCAAGUGGUUGAGAAAUGAUGAGACAAUAUUUGAGAGUGCCAAGUUCAUUAUGGUCCAGAAGGACAAUGUAUACUCCCUGAGGAUAAAAGACACUCAGGUGUCAGAUGAUGCCAACUACACAAUUGCGUUGACAAAUCAGCGUGGUGAACAAGCCAAGAGCUCUGCCAAACUAACUGUAAAAGAGGAAGAUCUUAGGAUUAUUGAGCCUCUUGAAGAUUGUGAGACUCAGGAGAAGAGAACCAUUAGUUUCUCUUGCAAGGUGAACAGACUCAAUGCAACAGUGAAAUGGAUGAAGGGAGGCCAAGAACUUACUUUCAACAAGCGCAUCCUUUAUAAAGUUGACAAGCACAAGCACAUACUGACCAUCAAAGACUGCAGCCUUAAUGAUGAAGGCGAGUACACUGCCAUGGCUGGCUCCGACAAGUCCACAGCUGAGCUGAUCAUUAGUGAGGCGCCCACCGAUUUCUUAAUGGAGCUGCAGGACCAGACUAUCACUGAAUUUGAGGAUGCAGAGUUUGAGUGCGAGAUCUCUAAAGAAAAGGCUGAGGUCAAAUGGUACAAAGAUGGCCGCGAGAUUAGAGAAGGACCAAGAUAUCGCUUUGAAAAAGAUGGGAAGACCUGCAGACUCCACAUCAAGGAAUGCAGACCCGAUGAUGAAUGUGAAUAUGCCUGUGGUGUGGAUGAGAGGCGAUCAAGGGCCAGGCUCUUCGUAGAAGGCAUGGAUUUUCUUUUAUAA